AUGGAUGAUCUGGCUUUUCUUGGUGCAAAUAGCUUGAGGCUGGUUGCAAAGACGUUUGGGGAGGUCAGACAUUUCUACGAGGCGUUUGACACUGCAGAAGAAGCGCGUUCACUGGUCAAACUUUUGUGCUCUGAUUCUGAUUCGAUUUCUGAUGCAUUUCUGGAAUCAGCUGUUGAGAACUUGCUGCAGUGGAGGAUUUCAGCUGGACCUAGCAUGAAGCGCAGACGUCGUUUGCAUCUGGAAAGGAUUGCUGGAACUCUGUUGUUGCCGGGCAAACCGGCCCCAUCGAAGCCCACACUGGAAUUUGAGGAGAUUGUGCACAACGACCCCAAGGCUUUCCUUGAAGCAGCUCGGCGCGCACAAAAGGGAACCAAAGAUCUUGGAGGACUUGGCAGCCGCGCAGAGAAGGAAAACAGGGAUCGCAGAAGGUAUGCGUUGGAGUUUGCUAGCAUCAUUGAGGAGUCAUGUUUGCCGGUUGCCCUGCAGAUCGUUGCUCUGGACAAACCGGAGAUUGCUUGGUUGAGAGUCUGGGGAAGCCGUAGGGCAAAAACCUUGCGGAACCGCUUUAGGGCCUGGAACAAGUUUCGCUCCUGGCUCAAUGCAACAUAUGGGGUUGUGUGGCCAAAGGACGCUACGCAAGUGGUGAACUUCAUAGAAGAGUUGAUUGACUAUGGGUGUCCUGUGAGCUACCCCAACGAGCUCCUGGCUGCUUUGUCCUUGUUGGAGCAGGUUGGGAAAGUGCCCUUCCAGGAACACUUGAAAAGCUGGAAGGUGGCUUUGGGUGGAAGGGGAAAGGAGAGGGGACCUGCAAGGCCAUACGCCGUGGCCAUCAUGACAUCACUGGAGCUCUUGGUUGUCAAUGAAGGGACCGACCAUUACUUUAGGUUUGUAGGGUGGCUCAUGUUGCUGGCUGGUUGGACUUCACUGCGUGUUGAUGACAUACAAAGCAUUCAGCCGGAGUCCUUGCGUUUGAGUAACAGAGGACUGAGCUUCAAGUUGGCGAGAACGAAAACCACUGGACCAGGAAAAAAUCAUGGUGCUGUGCAUGGUUUUGUUUGCAGAGAGGUCUCCAUUACCGGAGAAGACUGGAUGGUGGUUGGCAUGCUGUCGAUGCAGCGGGAUGACAUGAAGUAUCCCCGAGAUUAUUUGACUCCGGGACCGCCCAAAGAUUUUUCAGGCUUCAUACCCAAGAUUGUGGCACCUCCAGGGUUGGCGAACUAUUUCAGGAUGGUCUUGUCGCGCCUCUGCACCCCACGUUUUGCGGAGGGACGAUGGACGCUCAGUGAACAGCUGCUUUUGGUGCCCCAGACAUUGAACCUUUUCUGGACGGGACACAGUGCGAGGCAUUUUGCCACGCAAACUGCAGCUGCGAUUGGCGUCGACAAAGAGAAGCGUGACUAUUUGGGUCGCUGGGCAAUCGGACGAGUAGGGAGCAAUGCAUAUCUCCACACUUCCAGACAGGUAGUGGAGGCAAUUCAGAGAGAGAUCUUGGAAGCACUCUACAAACAGGUCGGCGCUGGUGGAUAUGAUGAACAAGAGCUCCUUGAAGACAUCAAGGACUUCGCUGACCGACAGGGUUUGAUCGGAUACCGGUUGGUCAGGCGACAUCGCAUCUUGCCAAUUGACAGGUUGGACCCUCGCUUCACCAUUGCGGAAGACACUGAUGCGGAAGUUGAGAAUGAGGAUCGCCACCAACGGAAUUUGGAAGCUGAAUCCGGGACGAUGUCUGGAGCGGCCCAUCCUGAUUCAAAGGAAGGCCCCACAUACUUUGUGACGAUUUCCAGGCGAAACGGAUUCAGACGCUUGCAUUUGACAGGAGCCUGCCCGGUGCAAUCAUGGAGGUGUCAAGAGAUGGAACCCGUGACGGACGUGGCGCUGGGGGCUUUCGACGCAGUUUGCCUCCAUUGCAAACGGCGCAUACAGCAGAGCGAGGGCCAGGAGGACCUCGACGAGGACAGUGAGUCAGAUGCUGAUUCAUCUUCAACGGAUGCAGUAUCAGUGCCACGCUUGCAUGGAAUGCUCAAGCGACAGGCGCAGGGCCGCAAGGCCAUUCAGUUGCAUAACACCUCGCUGAUUGCGGGACUUCAGACUCAGCAGUCUGAGAGUCACAUGGCAGUUUUGGACGAUGUUGCCAAGCGUGAGUACAUCUCUUCUCAUGCUGCGGCUGACCUGCAAUAUGUGUUGGACGACAGCUCCGCCCCCUUAGAUGUCCAAUACCGAUUGGUUAGACAUUACACUUCGUUGAAAGUUUUUGCUGCCAUGGGUGAUUUUGCAGGGGAUAUCAGAACAGCUGCACAGUCAGAUUUUGCCUUAGACCCUUCAGCUUCAGCCGAAGCCCGUGCCAACGUGGCUAAACUGGUCUCAGCUUGGAACUUGGCAAAGGAUUUAGCGGCAAAAGCGAAAGAACUGUUUGCUGAAUCCAAAGUCUUAGGGACACCACGUAUCCUCCAGCACUCAGAGAGGCAAGCGAUGUUGAAGGCGGUGCAGAAUGCAUACGCCAACUCCCUGAAUCAACCGAAGACUAGCGCCGCGGCCGUGACAUCUGCUAUGCAUUCAAUGCUCAGGGAUGCUCGAGCAAGUGUGGCAGAGUACAUUGUUGCAGAGUCAAGGGAUGCUUCGGUCAGCAUAGUGCAAGAGAACAUCACCUCCAGUCCAAAAACCGAAGGUCACAAGACCAAAGUUUUCCGAGUUCUAUACCUCUUUUGUGGUGUGCCAAGGAAGGCAGACCUCAAAGCUUGGCUGUUGCGUUUGGCGCCCAGGCAAAACCAAUGGGAUUUGGAAUACAUCACCUUCUGCGGCUUACCCUUCCAAACUGUGCCGGUAUCUGGCCUCCUUGAUGCUGUCUCGCUUCGAAAGGGGGAGACACUCGACAACAACAGACAGGUUGAAGUGGCCAUGGGCUCCCCUUCUUUGAGCCCCCGGCACUUCCGCCUCAACUUGUUCUGGCCGAUCGUUGCAGACUGGGAUUUAAACCAAUCUUACCUGGUCGACGGGCUGGGACUUUGCUCACCAAACCGUUGGUGGCCUUCGGACCGCUUUGUCUUCGAGGAGCCCGAAGCUGGAGCAUUGGCCGAGCGCUUGCAUGUGAUGGACGCGCUUCUGGAAGUCAGACGGAAAUGGGCGGCAUGCUUACCAAGACCGGAAAAGGCACUGGAGAAGGCAGAGGGUCAACCAUUUUUCUUGGAGCUUUUGUCCCAGACAUUGCAGUUGCUGGGUGAUCCAGAUUGGCGCAUCUUGACAGAAGAUCAGGAGUGCUUUGCCACCGGGGUGCCUGUGGGUUACAAUACUCCUUUGCCACGGGUAGCGGCUGUCUUCCCCCCAAAAGAGAGGAACAAGCGCCUUGACGAAUCCAUAUUCAUGGAGGAUUCGGCUAACUACAAAUCUGCUGAUGCGCUGGCUGACAAGUUGGAGCAGCAGUUUCGUGAAGAGGAAGCGCUUGGUAGAAUGUUCCCUACAACUUUGGGGGCAUUGCAAUCACAAUACCCUGGAGAAAAGAUCCUCAUCGCACCAAUGGGGGCGCUUGAAAAGCCGAACGGCGGAGUGCGGCCGUUGCAUGAUGCUGCACACCACGAUCAGUUACAGUACCCUGGCCCAGGUGAUGCUGCAGCGCUGGUGGAAUCAGCAAGGUUGUCUGGCGAGGCACGCUUCGCUAUGUCAGCCGACAUUGCAUCGGCUCACAGGUUGGUGAAAAUUCGCAAGGCAGAUUGGAGACUGCUUUGCUGCCGGGCGCAUUCGCAGUCGCCUGUUCUAUGGGUCAAUCGCGUUGGGACGUUUGGAGUUAGCUCUGCGUCUUAUUGGUGGACAAGGCUUUUUGGAUUAGUUGGCCGAAUGGUCACUUGGGUACUACGGCGGGCUCCCAAUCUUCAGAUUGUUUACGUGGAUGAUUUACACAUGCUGGUAUGGGGCCGUGACAAAUUUGUUUGGCUGUGGAUGAUGGUGGCCACAUACGAGAUUUUGGGCACGCCGUUUGGAUAUCACAAGUUCAAGGGCGGUGUGGAAAUGCCCUUCGUCGGCUAUGAGCUGAACUACUUUGACAAGACUAUUGGAAUCUCUCAGAAGAGGGCGUCUUGGCUCAGAGAAUUCAUGGAGGAUUUGGAGAGGAAGAAUUACACGGUUGCAAUGCGAGAUUUUCAUGAGUUCCUGGGCCGUUUGGGCUUCGUGGCAAGAAUUUUGAUUUGGAUCAAGCCGCACCUUGCGCCUCUUUACAGUUGGAGUGCGGCCCUUGACAAGUCCUGCGUUGCCAAGGCCCCUCGUAUGGUGAAGCUGGUCGUCAAACACUUGCUUUCUCAGCUGGGGGCCCUUUCGAGGCACCUGAGCAGCUCCAAACCGCUCAGGAGUUGGCAUGAGGAGUUCCGCACUGAUGCGAAGUGCGAACCUGGGCGGGUGGUUUUGGCUGGUCAUCAUUUGAAGACUCAGGAAUGGUUCAUUUUGGACUUGGGCCCACAUGAAGCCCCCUUCCUAUUUGAUGAGAAAGGGGAGUCAAGCUGGGCGUCAGCGUCGGCCGAACUCAUGGCCUCUAUGGCUGCUUUGCAAAUUUUUGGAUACUUUGCUGCAGGGAAGACGCGUAAGGUUUUUCCAAUUGCAAUUGCUGCUGGAACGGACAACAAGUCCAACCAACACUUAUCUCUCAAGCGUUCAUCGACAGCGUGGCCGCUCAUGUUGAUCAAUAUGCGGCUGUCGCACCACUUGUGCCGGGCCAAUCUUCAGUUGACGCUCCGUUGGAGGCCCAGGGAUGAGAAUCAGGAGGCGGAUGACCUCACGAACCAUAGGACUGAGAGAUUUCCGGCAGAGAAACAAAGGUGUAUUUCGUUUGGUGAUUUAGAUUUAAAUUUGCUACUUCAGUUGUGGGCGGUCAGAGAUGAGUUCCUGGACCGCGAUGGUUUGAAAAGCUGGCCGUUGAGGCCGGAGGAGGUCAGAACCAACAAGGAGAAAACGAAAUGGUGA